AUGGGUGAUAUACUUGAUAUCAACGCACCAGUUCAUUUCAACAAUGAUAUAUCCAGUUAUGAGCUGCAUGCACAUCAAACAUUUGGAUCAUCAAGCUUUGAGAAUAGUGAUGAAAUUAGAAUAUCAAUACAAAACCAAGAUUUAUUCAUUUUGCCAUACUAUCAAAAAAUCAUUGUUAACGCCAAACAUGAAAUUAUUCUGGUACGAUCUCGCUCUGAUUUAAAUUCAAUCGUGAGAGAUGUUGCAACUUUUCAAGAAGAAGUUAAAUUUGAUUUAAAAAUUACAAAAGUUGAAUGGUUAGUGCCAUAUGUAACACUAUCGAAUAGAAAUAAAAUGGAAAUGAUGAAAUAUAUACAAAAAGAUCCAGUCAUUUCUAUUGGGUUCAGGACCUGGGAACUCUAUGAGUAUCCACUGCUACCAACAACAAAUCAUCAUAUUUGGACGGUGAAGACAUCAACUCAACUGGAAAAACCUCGCUAUGUUAUUCUUGCUUUUCAAACAAAUAGAAAAAAUGUAUGGCAUGCAGAUGCAGCAAGAUUUGAUCAUUGUAAUAUAACAAAUGUUAAAUUAUAUCUUAACUCACAAAUUUUUCCAUAUGGGAAUUUAAAUCUUGACAUUUCGAAAAAUCAAUUUUCAUUAUUGUAUGAUAUGUAUGCUAAUUUUUCUGAGUCUUAUUAUGGAGCUAAAAUAGAUUUGAUAUCAAAAAAUUCUUUCAUCCAUCAAUCACCAUUAAUUGUAAUUGAUUGUAGUAAACAAAAUGAACUUUAA